CAUCUCCAUUCUCCUUCAGGUCUGCAUUAACUGAAUUGCAUCUUUCUUCAUCUCCAAGGUGGGUUUCAGUGAAUUCUCUCACUUCUCCCUCCCAAAUUCAUCAUGGAAAUGAAGAAGAUCGCCUGUGCCGUCCUCAUUUCUGCCGCCUCCAUGAGCGCGGUCUUCGCUGAGGUUUCAUCUCCCGCACCUGCACCAACCAGCGAUUCUGCCGCUACCUUCCCUAUUAUUGGUUCUUUGGUUGGAGCCUCAGUUCUAUCAUUCUUUGCCAUGUACUUCAAUUAAGCUAUCAAAAAGGGAAGGCAAAAGAAAAGGGGGGAAAAAUGGCCGAAAGGAGAAAUGAAUAAGACAAUUUGGGUAGUGAAUUUAUUUUGAUGCUACUUCUCUUUGUUUUAUUUAUUUAUUUGGAUCGUUUUCCAUCGCAUUGCAAUAAAAGAAGCCUUGUUUAUUAAUUCUCUGCUUCCUA